AUGGACAAGAAUUACUCUAUGGAACGGGUACUUGGAAUGAACUGGAAACCAGAAGAAGACAUCCUCACGUUCUCAACGACACUAGCGAUUGAGACGAAUCGUCCUACGAAGCGACAGGCAUUGCAGGUCGUGAUGAGCCCGUUCGACCCGGCUGGACUACUGUGUUUAUUUCUCGUCCACGGUAAGAUACUAAUUCAGGAGGUAUGGAGAGCAAAAACCAAAUGGGACCAGCCAAUUCCGUUGGAAUUGAACGAGAAAUGGACCCGGUGGACCGCCUUGUUCCAAUAUCUGAACCAGAUACGCGUUCCUCGUUGCUACUUUCCCGAACUUUCGAUCAAGGAGGUCGUGUCGCUGCAGUUGUAUAUAUUCGCCGAUGCUAGCGAAGAAGCGUAUGCGUGCGUAGCGUAUCUUCGUGCAGAGUUCCCGGGCAGCGUUAUCAGAGUUGCGUUGGUUGGUGGCAAAGCGAAGGUGGCUCCUUUGAAGACGCUUUCUAUUCCGAGACUGGAACUGAAUGGAGCGGUAAUCGGAGUUCGACUGCGCAAAGCAAUCAUCAACGGACACACGCAUAAGAUAGACAAGACGGUCAUGUGGACCGACUCCAAGACUGUAUUGGCAUGGAUCAAUGCGGACCAUCGAAGAUAUCGGCAGUUUGUUGCAUGUCGGGUUGGUGAAAUACUGUCGAAAUCGCGGCGAAGUGGCGGUACGUACCGAGCGAAUAACCCAUGGUUCGGGGAGUUUUUCCUAGGUGUGCCGGAAACACAGUGGCUGUCGGAAAUAAAUCCUGCUGUGGAGACGACCGACGAGGAAUUACGACCAUGUCUGGUACACAGUGAAGUGAUUUUGAAGUCCGUCAUCAAUUGGGAACGUUUUUCCAACUGGACACGACUACUGGGAGCGGUUGCGUAUGUUCUCCGAUAUCGGAAGAUCUUGCAACUGUCACCAUACAUGGACGACGCUGGAAUUAUCCGUUCAGAUUCCAGGAUCCUCGAAGCCUUAUUCGCGGCUUACGAUACCCGAUUUCCGAUAAUACUACCUAAGGAGCAUGUAGUCACCCGUAUGCUGCUGGAGUGGUAUCACAGGACAUUCCUGCAUGUUAAUGGGGAGACUGUCGUCAAUGAGGUGAGGCAGCGCUUCUAUGUGUCUACGCUGCGCACGAUAGUACGGCAGAUAGCGAGGGAGUGUGUGAUGUACAAAGCAAACAAGGCAGUUCCGGUGAUCCCACGCAUAGCGCCGCUUCCGGUGGCCAGAGUGAAGGCCUUCGAACGUACGUUUUCCUACGUAAGAAUUGACUACUUCGGACCAAUCGCUGUUCGAGUCAACCGCAGCACUGCGAAGAGAUGGAUCGCAUUGUUCACGUGUCUCACAACCCGUGCAAUUCACCUUGAGGUUGUACACACGCUGACGACCGAAUCCUGCAAGCAAGCAAUACGACGAUUUGUCGGACGCAGAGGGUCCCCGGCGGAAAUACGCAGCGAUCAAGGAACGAACUUCGUUGAGGCAAACAACGAGCUGCGCAAGGAGAUGAUCGCCAUAGACGGACAGCUUGCAGAAUCCUUCACCAAUACGAACACUCGGUGGAUAUUCAACCCACCUGCGGCGCCGGACAUGGCAGGUGCUUGGGAACGGUUGAAUUCCGAACGAGGAGACACUGGCUACUCUUGUGAUCGAAGCGAAAGCGUCGUCAACUCCAGACCGUUAACUUUCAUUCCCCUCGAGGCGGAGCAGAUAGAGGCGUUGACACCGAACCAUUUUCUCUUGCCGAGUUCCCGUGGAGUGGUACAGCCGCCGAAGGAGCAAGCGGAGUCGACGAUGGUUUGCAGAGGAAAUUGGAAGCUUUGCCAAGCUAUGUUGAACCAGUCUUGGCGGAGAUGGGUACGAGAGUAUCUCCCAACUAUUGCUCGCAGAACAAAGUGGUUCGAAGAGACGAAACCGAUUGAAGUUGGAGACUUGGUAGUCAUCGUUGAAGAGAAAAUUCGCAAUGGUUGGGUUCGGGUCGUUCAAGUCAUGAAAGGAAGUGAUGGAAGAAUACGUGAUGCGAUGAUUCAGACUGCCGACGGAAUCAAACGGCGACCGGUGGCCAAACUGGCGAGACAGGAUGUAGAUGGAGGUAAGACUGGAGCGGGCUCACCUGACCAACCUUACGGGUCGGGGAAUGUUACGGAGGAUCGCACCAGUCCCUCGAGUACCCCCCGGUUGCAGGAGAGCGCGGCGCGUCGAGUGCAGGACUGA